AUGGCUGAACUUAAUCAAGAACAAUUAAAGACUUACAAGGCAGUCUCAAUAGUCACCUUAAUUCUUUCCAUCUAUGGUGGAUUGAAGUAUUCAGGAGUACCAGAAGAUCACUUGUCUCAUACUCCAUACUCGGGCAGCAACAUUUUGUUAUUCAUUUACUGGGCUGUGUUGUACCUUUGGCAGAUUUUGUACACCGUACAAACUUUCUUCCCUGAUGAGUAUCGUUUGCUGAUUGUACUGUUGAUUGGAUGGCAUUUCCCCAUUUUCAAUGUGUUGCAUUACGUUUGGGCGGAGUUGUUUACUUCAGGACACUUUUUCUGGAGUGAAAUCAUUGUCAUUGUUAACUUGUUUAAUAUCUUGGGAUUGUAUUUCAGUCACAAAACAUUUACAUUGAGACCAGUUAGUAACUGGUUAUUAAUCCAUGCUCCAUUGGUUGCUUUGCCAUUCUCGUGGUUGUUGUAUGCUCUUUUCUGGAAUGGCGCUGUUUGGUUACAUAUUCACAAGACAUGGGGUAGAAUUGUCGCCAAUAUAUUCAUUUGGGAUUUCUUGUUGGUUCCAGCUUUAUUCUUGUUAAUCUUUAAUGAUUGGGCUAUUGGGUUCAGUACUUCGUACCUUAUGUUUGCUUUGGCCUUUGGUCAAUUGGCAACAAAAGUAUUUGCUUUGCAAUGGAUUUUUGCAUUUGUUAUUGCUGGUAUUUUGGUGGUUUGGAGUGCUGGUUCAAUGAUUAUUGGUGGUGUUAGACAAGGAAGUGGAGAAUCAGCACCUUUAUUGGUUGUUGAAGAAGAGCAAGUAGGUGGUAAUUGA